AUGGUUCCAGUCAAAGAUGCAAACAGCAUUCAAGAGGCUACAAAGAAGUUCCUCAGCGAAAAGCCCGGAAAAUGGUCCUUGCCCUCCGUUUUCCAUGUGGAACUUCAACGUCAAACUUUUGAUAAAGCCACCCGUCAGUGGAGUAUGCUGUACGACCGUGUCCACUUGGAUGAGGAACUCGAUCUGUCUGAGAAUGUUGUUGAAGGCCAAGCCGCUGCACUUGAAGGGCAUGAAGGUGCUGCUGAGCCUAAAAAUGUUGACAAGGCUGGUAUUGACGUCGCUGUCGUUGCGGUAUAUGUUCGUGAUGAUGUGGUUUCGCAAUACCUGACGGGAAAAAUCGAAUCCUGGGAGCCUCCGGAACUUCGCCAGCAUUAUUUCAAGACGGGCUACUAUCGCUUGGACCGCACACUCAAUAAUGGUCUGUCCCCUACGGUCAAAGUUGAGAUUUUCAGCUUUUCAGACUUCUCGAUUAUCAAUAAGAGUAUCGUCGACUCGUAUGAUAUUAUGGGAGCUGCAAGGGCAACGGGUCAAUUUUGUACCAUCUCGGUCCCGGGUAAUACCACUUUUACCGAACUACGGAAGAAGAUUGCACUGUUGAAGUCAACAGAGGAUACAAAGUUGGACCCUGAACGCCUUCGAAUCUGGCAACUCGGCGCCCGAAAGCCUCUGUUUGCUCCUACUCUCAACUUCCAAAUAAUUGAAGACUAUAAUGACGCGAUUAUGAAUUUCGAAUUGAGCGUACUACGGCUCUGGGUACAUAUUCUGUCCGAUGAAGAUGCCCGAUACUUUGCAGUGCCCGAUGUGCCCAAUACGAAAUCUCCGUUUGAUGAAGUUCCCACCGAGGAGCCCGAGGCUUCAGAUGAGAAUCGUGGAGUGUCUCAAGAAACUCCUGCUGGAACGGAAGGCGCAGAUGCGAACGAUGCUCCAGCAGAGAAUGCGGAGGCACCAGCUCCACCCGCCGCUGACCAGCCAUCUGAAUCCGCGGAUGAACCGGAGGUGGCACCAACAUCUGAACAGCCAGAAACUAACGAGAGUGCCCCUAUUGCACAAAACGAAAAUUCCACUUCUGAAGAUACCCCGGUGCAAGAUGCUGAAGGUUUAGCGGAACAGACUGUCGAACCGACUUUUGAUGAUACGGUUGAUGAUACGGUAACGGAUGAUGCAAUUAUUGCUGCGAUCAUUGCUCAGGAUGUUGAAGAUUAUGAUAGAUCAGAUGCCAUUGACACAGAGCCUCCCGUCGAUCGGCUGAGGGUUCUCAACCCAGUCUCCAAUGAGGACCGCACUACCGAUACUAUAGAAGGUCAGGACAACGCCGCCGAGGCGGAAGAGAACAACACUGCUGAUGAAACGCGUGCGGAACCGGAUCCAGCCCCCGUUUCCGAACUCGUGCCUUUGAACUCACACGUGUUCUACUUUAUUCAGGAAUUCGAUGCGCAGAAACAAGAACUUCGCACUCUUGGAACAUUCUUUGCGAAGAAGAGCGAUAUCAUCAAAGACUCAGUCCGUGCUGCUCUUGGUUAUGCCGGUGACAAGCAGUUCCUUUUGUGGCAUCGCGUUGAUGGGAUUUCCAUCUCCGGCGUUCCGUCGGCGGAGGUGUUCGAUAAUCUCGUGGGAUAUACUGAUGGCGAGUGUUUCAUCGUAGGUGAAGUGAUUGGAAAAAAUGAGCGCAUGAAGCUGGCAAAGGAUGGUUUAUUCUCUUCACCAGACAGACUGGUUCCUUACUUGUGGGCCGUGUCUCGUAACCAUCCCACCAAGUCGUUCACCGGGACAAAGACAACGGAAGCUACAUUCAACGGAGACUACUACUCUGGUGAAUUCAAAAACGGCUACUUCCAUGGCAAGGGCACCCAUAUUUCCGAAACCGGUACUACUUAUACCGGUGACUUCGUCUUGGGCGAACGGCAGGGAACCGGCACUAUGGUGUACGCCUCGGGCGACACCUAUACCGGCGAUUGGUCCGAAGAUCAACGUCAUGGGCAAGGAACUUUCGUCGAACGCAAGACCGGCAAUAGAUACGAGGGCGGUUAUCGCAACGGCAAGCGUCAUGGCAAAGGUAUCAGCUACUGGGAGGUUGCCGACGAGGAGAUGGAUCUCUGUCAGAUCUGCUAUAGCGAGAAUCAGGACUCGUUGUUCUACAGCUGUGGACACGUCUGUGCUUGUUUGAGCUGUGCGAGACAGGUUGACAUCUGCCCGAUGUGUCGAAAGAAAGUCCUGAAUGUGGUUAAGAUCUACAAAAGCUGA